UGAGAGGCACCUUCACGCGGUGCAGGGCGUGAGUGGCAGCUUCGGCUGUGAAACCAAGACCUCUCAAUUAGACAACAGACAGAUUGUAGACCAUGAUCUGUCGAGAUGAUGGUCGUCGGUCGCCCAUGUCCUCUAUCGCCCACAUCGUCGAACGCCUAUGUCUUCGGGAUCGAUCGAUCAUAUCGUCGGUCGCUUAUAUCGUCGAACGCCUAUAACGUCGGUCGCCUAUGUCGUCGGUCGCGCAUAUCCUCGCCGCCGCUUAUCUCGUCGGUCGCUUAUAUCGUCAGUCCCCCAUAUCGACAUUGCUAUAUUAUCGUUGCGUAUGUCGUCGCCGCUGAUUAUCUCGUCGAUGCCUCCGUGGGAUCGUUGCCGAUGUCGUCAAUAGUUGUGUUGUUAAUAGUGUUGUUAAAGGUGGUCGUUGGGUUACCGUCGGGUUUCCGACAGUCGUUAUGUCAUUGAUAGUUAUAUUGUCGAGGGUUAUGCCGUCGAUUUGUUGUAAUUGUUUAUUCG